AUGUCGGCGACCUCGUUCGUCGCAGGCCGACUCACCACGCCCAUCCGUCUCUACUCGUCCGCGAGCCCCCAGCCUCAACAACUCCCCGAAGGCGCCUCAAGCCAGGACCUGACCGCCCACGACCCGGAAAGCCUUGAGAAAACUGUGCGCGACGCGAAACAGCGAUUCCGCGAUACCCUACCGAGGGGAUACUUGACCGACGAGGAGUACAGGCUAUAUGAGCGCUUGUACGGCCCGCCUCUGCGCGAGACCGCCCCCGAGGAUGUUGGUAUCCCUCACCACGCCGACAUGGGUAGCGGCGGGGCGCCGGAAGGGACGUACGGCGCCAGUGUCAAGACGACGGGUACGCUGAUGGCGGAGGAUGGCGUCUCGGAGGCAGCCGAGCAGCACGAAACCGACCUGGGCGAUGGAUACGUUGGCAUCGUGGCGAGGAAUAAGAGAGAGUACGACGCGCUGGUUAAACUUGAAAAGGAUUUCAAGAUUGCGGCGGAGAAGGCCAAGCUCGACGAGGUCCGCGACGCCGAGAGGAGGAAGACCAGGGCGGUGGACCUCCUACAGGAGGUCGAGGACCACUACACCCAGGAACCGCAGCGACAAGAGACUGAAUGGGACGAGGAGAUUAUUGAGGCCUUUGGUGAACGUGCCCGAUCACACCCGUUGACCGAAGAGGGCCGGUUCGGGCCCCAUCCCGGAACGGUGCAGGUCCCGAAGGAGAGCCUCGUCGAGCCCAUAGCCGAGCUUCUGACGCGCAGCGACAUCUCCCACAUAAAAAAGGCGGCCGAGAAGGCGUACGGCGGACCUGGUUUACCUGACUCGGCCAUCACCCCGCCAGGUAUGAGGAACCGACCCAUGCUGCCCAUGACCCUGCAGGCCGGCCACCACCGCAUGUCCGAGAUCGAUGCGGACGCCUUCAUCGCCACCUACCUUCCUCAAAUGUAUGCUGCGUCCCGGAGCGUGCUCGCCGAGGUUAGGAAGCGUCUUGGCACCAACUGGAUACGAGGCCUGCUUACCCGCAACGGCGGCGAGGGCCCUAGGAUCCUAGACGCGGGCGGCGCGGGUGCGGGAUUGGCGGCUUGGCAAGACAUUGUUAAAGCCGAGUGGGAUGUGAUGCGCGAAGAGGGCCUGGUAAAGGGCCCCAGCCCUCUGGGCAAGAGGACGGUCGUCAUCGGAUCGGAGAACCUACGUCAGCGAGUGUCCCGCUUCCUCAACGCCACGACCUUCCUGCCGCGCCUCCCUAACUACCGCCACUCAGCUGACAAUGCCGACAAACUCUUGGACGCCCCCGAGGUACCGCAGCCGCGCAAGUCGUUCGACGUGAUCCUAGCCCCGCACCUCCUACUCCAGUGGCCCGAGGGCCAUCGGCGUACCGCCAUCCUCAACAGCCUUUGGUCCCUCCUCUCCCCCGAAGGUGGCGUGCUCAUCGUGCUCGAAAAGGGUCACCCGCGCGGCUUUGAGGCCGUCGCUCAGGUCCGGUCCAAGCUCCUCAACGAGUACAUACUCCACCCCGAGUCCCAGCCUGACUCGGAGGACGUGCACCCCGACUUCCAGAAGACGCGCGAGCCCGGUAUGAUUGUGGCGCCCUGCACGAACCACAAGCCGUGCCCGAUGUACAGGAUCCCCGGCAAGUCGGCUGGCCGCAAGGACGCGUGCGCCUUUAGCCAGCGCUUCAUCAGGCCGCCCUUCCUCCAUCGUAUCAUGGACGGCAAGGACCGCAACCACGACGAUGUCGAGUUCAGCUAUCUGGCUAUCCGCCGCGGCGUCGGCCUCCCCGACUCGGUGCGGCAGGGCGACGAGGCUGCGGAUCGCGCUGUCUCGGCCCCCAUGAAGCGUCACGGCCACAUUCUCCUAGACCUGUGCACGCCGGCGGGUCGGAUCGAGCGCUGGAUCGUGCCGCAGAGCUUCGGGCGGCAGGCGUACCGCGACGCGCGCAAGGCCAAGUGGGGUGACUUGUGGGCGCUCGGGGCCAAGACGCGCAUGGACCGCAAGGUCAGGCUCGGCAAGGGCGCCGACGUGCCCGACGACGGAGGCGUCCGAGCCCGGCGCGCGCGCCAGACCAAGGCCAAGGUCAUUGAGAUUGGUUACGACGGUUCGGGUCUGCGGGAUGCCGUGGAUAAGAGCGGGGCGGUGGAGAGGAGGUCCAAGGCGAGGAGGAGGUUGCCGAGGAAAGCGCUCCUCGAGGAGUUGAUGGAGGAGUAA